CAAAGGAAGACCAAAGCUAACACUAUUUCUUUCAUGUCAUUUCUUUUUAGGUAGAACUCAGUUCAAUCCAACCAAAGAUGGAUGAAAUGGAGGUUCCUGCUCUUUUCCUCUGUCCAGUUUCAUUGCAGCUUAUGAGAGACCCCGUGACAGUGUACACAGGAAUCACAUAUGACAGACAAAACAUAGAGAGAUGGUUAUUUUCAUGCAAGAACAACAAAACCUGCCCUGUCACUAGGCAAUCACUGUCACGCACAGAUCUUACUCCAAACCACACUCUCCGACGUUUGAUCCAAGCUUGGUGCGACCACAAUGCCUGCCUUGGACAUGAAACCUUUUCAUCUCCAAACCCAACCAUUGAUCAAACCGAGAUUGUCAAACUUCUCUUAGAGGCAAAGAAGUUCCCAGAAAAACAGCUCAAGUGUCUUAGUAGGCUUCAAUAUAUUGCUCUUGAAAGUGAAAGUAACAAAAUCUGUUUGGAGUCUGCAGGGGCAAUAGAUUUCUUGGCUUCCACCAUGAUGAUAAAUUCAACCGGUAUGAGUGAAGCAGCUAUAAAAAUCAUGUUUCACCUAAACCCUUCUGAAUCUCAGCUUAAAAAACUGAUGAACAACGAAGGGAUUCAGUUUUUGGAGUCUUUGCUUCAUGUCUUGAAGCUUGGAAAGUGCCAAUCUCGAAGUCAUACAACUUUGCUAUUGAAGUCAACACUUAAGGUGGCUAGUCCAACCCAAUUGAACAAUGUCACCCCAGAGCUGUUUGUGGAGAUAAUUAGAGUGUUGAGGGAUCAGAUUUCACGAGAGGCUUCAAAGGCAGCUUUGAAACUUCUGGUGGAGUUGUGUUCAUGGGGCAGGAACAAGAUCAAAGCAGUUGAGAGUGGUGGAGUUUUAGUCAUCGUUGAGCUACUUGUUGACGUGUCUGAUAGGAGAGCAUGUGAACUCAUGUUGAUAGCUUUGGACAAACUAUGCGGUUGUGCAGAAGGAAGGGCUGAAUUGGUGAACCAUGGAGCUGGAAUUGCUGUUGUGGCAAAGAAAAUUCUGAGGGUUUCACAAGUGGCAAGUGAUAGAGGGGUGAAAAUUUUGACCUCCAUUUGUAGGUAUUCAGCCACCCCAAGAGUUCUUCAUGAAAUGCUGCUGUUUGGAGCAGUGUCAAAGUUGUGCUUGGUGCUUCAAGUUGAGGGUUGUUUCAAGGCCAAAGAAAGGGCAAAGGAGACACUCAAAUUGCACUCUCUAGUCUGGAGGAACUCCACAUGCAUUCCUCUUCCUUUGCUUGCAUCUUAUCCAUGAUCUCAUGGCUUUGUCAUUUAUCAAGGUUAAAGUAUUGAAAUAUAUGUUUGUUCUUGUCCAUGAUGUUCUGCUGUUUAUCGUGGAAUUAUAUAUAUGUCAAUGAACCUCUCAAGCGUUGUGAAUGGAAAAUGAAUCCCAGUAUCCAUGUUUGUGAACAUUAAGCACAAGAGCUGUAAUUAAGUUUUCA